UUCAACUUGAACACGAUAAGCAACAAUUUGAUUCUAGCUCACAACGAAAACUAUAUUGAAAACCUGGACACGGAGAUCAAUUUACAAAAAGGAGACGAGAUUGCUGUUAUUCCGCCUAUAAGUGGCGGGUAAUAAAAUGGACCACAUUCAACUGCUUAACGACAAGAUUGACAUUAAUCUUAUCCAUCAACUGUUAAUCGAUCAAAGUUGCGGUGCUUGUUCCGUUUUUCUUGGCACAACACGUGACAACUUUGAGGGAAAAAAUGUUAUAUCAUUGGAAUAUGAAGCUUAUGAGAACAUGGCUUUAAAAGAAAUGGGUAAAAUCUGCACUGAUUUACGAGUUCGCUGGCCAAGUCUUAAGCAUAUCGUGAUAUACCACCGACUCGGAAUCGUUCCUGUGAGCGAAGUUAGUGUAGUGAUUGCCGCUUCUGCACCACAUCGUGUAGCUGCAUUGGAAUCUGUCAACUUUGCCAUAGAUCAGCUGAAGUCACGUGUGCCUAUAUGGAAAAAGGAAGUGUAUGAAAAAGACCUAAUCGGAGAGUGGAAGGCAAAUGUCGAGUGCCCUUGGCCCCAAUAUUCAAAAACAUCUUUAAGGACUUUCGAAUUCUUUUCUUGCAAAAUUGAUCAGAAAACUGAAAAUAUUCCAGAUAAGUUAGUACAAAUCAGAGUCGAUGACAGCGAGCUAAACAGACGUGUGAAAUGUUUUUUAAAAAGGAAACGAGAUGAAAUUAAUCUAUAUAAUAUACAUGACUUUAAGCAGUUGUCGACCAAUACUGAACUGGCAGACAGCUCAGAAUCGGAGGUAAAAUAUUCAUGCGCCCGUACUCAAAGUUCGCUUGUAAAGCAACAACAAUCAAAGAGUCACCUAAAAGUACGGCGUGAGAUUGACAAUUCUGGACCACACGUGCGACCCAACUAUUCUUCCCAACUUAAUAAGCUGACGACUGCACAGCACUAUAAAAAUGACUCGUUUGAAAACAGCAUGCUAAGAAAUUCACGUCUGCGCAAUAUAGAAGAGUAUAUGUGUGUUACCUCGGAUGGCGACAAUAUUUUAAAUCGCAUUAAAAAUAUAGAAAAUAAAAUAUUGUUGUUAGAAUCCAUCUCUCCAGAAUACAAAUAUUUUAUACAGUUCGGAACGGAUUUGAAAAGAAAUAAUCAUAGAAAAACCAAAAAAGAAAUUUACAUGUCGGAUAGAUUGAAUGAAUUUAUUAGUAAUUUAAAGAGAGAAUUUGGACGGUAAAAUUUGAGAAUUUUAAUUUACAAGAAUUUUUACGCUAGUGUUGUUGUCUCAGAAUCUUCAAAGCUAUACAAAAAGGAAAUAAUUUUUUCACCAUAUGCUAUUAUAAAUGUAAUUUAUAGGAUGGGAUUCGAAGGUCAUCGUAUGUAGAGUCAGCGCUAUGUAAAAAGUUAGAAAACCAUAGUUUAUUAAUAAAAGCAUUCAUGCGCGUCUGUAUGAAAUUCCAUUAACAGUAUUGGAA